AUGCUAAACAAUGCAGUUAAUUUUAUUCAAGAGACAAGAAAUAGCUACGAUGAUAAUGUACUUGAUAAUGCAAAAUCGCUGUGUUCAAGAUGGGGAAUCCCCAAUAAAUUUGUAGAAAAAAGGGAAUCGUAUGCCAAAAAACAUUUUUAUGAUAAUUUAAAUGGAGAUAGGAGACUUAACACAACUGAAGAUUAUGAUUAUUAUCCUAUUGGACAUCCGGAUAAAAUAUCUGAACCAAAAGUAUUUGACAAAAAUUGGUUUGGCUUGAUUAAAUGCAAAGUAUUACCUCCAAAUAAUCUUUACCAUCCUGUACUACCUAUAAAAGUAAAAAUGGAAAAAAAUGUAAAAUUAUUAUUUCCAUUAUGUUAUAAAUGUGCUUCUGAACAAAUUAAAAAAUGUACUCAUUCUGAAGGUGAAAGGCAAUUUAUAGGAACUUGGACUACAGAUGAAAUAAAAUAA